ACGGCGGCACGCAUGAGCAAACAUCGAGCAAGCAACCUGAGCCGCGGCCUGCCGACCCAUCAUUCAUCAGUCACAGUGGCCGCUGCUCCGUGCACGGUGCUCUCGCGCGCCCCUCAUAACACAACAAUUCGGGGAAGGCAGUGCAUAACACAUCAUCAGAAUGUGACUAAAUAAGUGUACUCUUUUAAUCAUAACUUCCCUUCGCCUUCCUUAGUAACUAACGCCAACAAACUUUUUAUUACUUUCUAAAACGUAUUUAAUUUUCCGCGUGUGUCUCGCUACAAGCUCCAACAAAACGUGUGUGUGUAUAAAUAAAUAUUAAUUUUAUAGUGUAUUAAGUUGUUCCCGACAUGACUAUAUCGUACGCUGGUGAGGUUCCAAACGGCAGCAGUUUCGGUUGUUUCUGGAGGAUCCUUUGCAAAUGGAGAGGCAGUGUCUACAAGUUGGUGUGGCGAGAGUUGCUAGCAUACCUCACACUGUACUACACAAUCAACCUGUUGUAUCGGUUCGCGCUAACAGAAGAGCAGCAAAGGAUAUUCGAAAAAGUGCGUCAGUACUUCGGGGCACAAAGCGAGUCGAUCCCCAUGUCUUUCGUGCUGGGUUUCUACGUGAGCUUGGUGGUGAAGCGGUGGUGGGAGCAAUACAAGCUGCUGCCCUGGCCAGACACGCUGGCGCUCUUCAUCUCAGCCGGGAUCCCUGGAGCGGUCAGUAAAGAUGAAACAGGUAGACUGAUGAGAAGGAACAUAGUGAGGUACGCGAUCCUGGCCUACGUCAUCACCUUACAGAGGGUAUCCCUCAGGGUGAAGAGACGGUUCCCGACGUGGCAGCACGUGGUCGACUCAGGCCUGAUGCUUGAAAGUGAAAAGAAAGUGUUCGAAAAGAUGGACGGCAAGAGUCCUAUGUCAAAAUACUGGAUGCCUCUGGUGUGGGCCACGAACAUCAUCAACAGAGCAAGGAAGGAGGGCCUCAUAACGAGUGACCACAUAGUGCAGACCCUACUUGUGGAGUUGUCAGACAUCAGGAGAAGGCUUGGAGCCCUGAUUGGGUACGACACAGUAUGCGUACCCCUUGUGUACACUCAGGUGGUGACCCUGGCUCUGUACACAUACUUCGUGGCCGCUCUGAUGGGGCGCCAGUUGGUGCCGGCUGCUCCAGGAAGUACCUCCAAAUACGAGCCAGACGUAUAUUUUCCAUUGUUCACAGCGCUCCAGUUUUGUUUUUACGUGGGCUGGUUGAAAGUGGCCGAAGUGUUGAUCAACCCUUUUGGGGAGGACGAUGACGACAUUGAGUUGAACUGGCUCAUAGACAGGCAUAUAAAGGCGGCCUACAUGAUAGUAGACGAGAUGCAUGAAGAGCACCCUGAGCUGCUGAAAGACCAAUACUGGGAGGAAGUGGUACCCAAAGACCUUCCAUACACAGUCGCUUCUGAGCAUUACAGGAGGCAUGAGCCCCCUUGUUCAGCAGAUCAUUACAAAGUCAAGGCCGAGGACGCAGUGUACGCGAAUGUCCAAGCGCCGAGGAAGAGCCAUGAUGAAACUUACGCAGAUUAUGAAAGUGUAGAUACGCCUUUAGUAGAACGGCGAAAGAACUGGUUUCAGAGACAGAUAUCAAGAAUGGGUUCGGUCCGGUCUGCUUCGACUGCGUACUCGUCUGGUGGCUUUUUUGGACGCAAUCGCCACAAUUCUGUGGUAUAUUCCAGUCCCGAAGCUGGUCAGCCACCAAUACAGCAAACCCCACACCACAAGAUGUCUCUUUAUGAGAGAUUGGUGGGCCGAAAGUCUGGCAGAGGGCAGCAUCGGCAAAAUUCUAGGCAUGGUACACAAAAAAGUAACGGUUCAGCGGUACCCAUAACACUUCGAAACCGCCCUCGGAUACCCACGCCGGACGUGACCAAAGAGGUGAUCGACCGCGAGAGCAGACUAGCCAUGGGCAUGCAAAACAUGGGUGUCAUAAUGGCUCAUCAGGGCUACCAGAACGAGGUGCCUGUGCUGGGGGCUUUAGUGCUCUCUCCCAUACAAGAGUUAGAUAGUGGUUCUGUGAAUAACACGUUGCAUGCUGGUCAGCCAGGAACCACGGCGUUGGCACAGGCCGUGCUAUCUCCGUCGGGACUAGCACCGAUGUUGACAUCCGCGCCAGUCGUUUCUCCUGUAACGUUGUCGCCGAUGGGCGUGACGCAACUCUCUCUGGUGGGGUCUGCUCCGUCCACCCCUCGCGCUGAUCGACCUGCCAACGGUGGGUCCCCUGCCCCCCCUCGUGCCACUGUGACAGAACUACCCACCUCCGACCGCGACAGCGAACACAGCGCCGCCAGUGCAGGAACACCACCCGAAUUCAACAGAAAACCAAAUGGAUCCAAACGAGGAGAAGUCUAUGUAUAGUCGAAUAUUACAGAUACGUGUGGUGCUUAACUAAUUGUGAUUGUUGAAUUUUGACUGACAUCGGUUUAAAUAAAGGAAAGCUCAUUAUUGUUAGUCCAUUAACUUUGAAUAAUUUAAUGAAUUUAUGCAACAAGCAGGGAUUGAUUUGUAAAGCUUUCUAUAAAAAAAAAUG